AUGACUGUGGUAAAGUUUUUCUUUAGGCCUUUUCAAUUACAGACGAGCUCCAGAUUUAUUUUUAAUAGACCUUUGGAGCUCGUGCUUAAGAGACCAGUGCAAUUGACCAUGUUGAUGGGCACUAGACUUGGCGGACCAACCCAAAUUAGAUCCAUAUCUGGAAAUGUGGAUCCGGUGAAAAGAAGGGAGGACAGACUACGUAGAAUAUUUUCUAAAUCACGACUUUUGACAAGGUUAAACAAGAAUCCUAAAUUUUCACAUUAUUUCAACCGCCUCAGUGAGGCUGGUACGGUCCCAACACUUACAUCAUUCUUCAUCUUGCAUGAGCUAACAGCUAUACUGCCACUAUUUCUAUUAUGGUGGUUGCUUUAUAACCUCGACCUCUCUGAUGAUUUUAAACUGCCUAGCUUCUUAAAUGGGUUAAUGGAGAGCUGUCAUGCAGCUAUGGAGAAAUUUGUUGGUAAGAGAUAUCAGGAAUGUCUCAACAAAAACAAGCUGAUUUUAUCUGGCACAAUAGCAUACGUUACAGUAAAAUUACUAUAUCCGGUACGCAUUUUCAUUAGUAUCUGGGGAGCCCCAUAUUUUGGGAAAUGGCUGCUCCUUCCCUUUCAAAAAUUAAAGCACCUUAUUAAGAAAUAG